GGUCACCUGGGGUGGGCUUGUAAUUGGGCUUAGGCCCGUCUGAAUGGUGAGAAAUGUAACAUUGGCCAUUGGUAAUUAUCGAAACGUUUCUGUCCUUCUAUUUGGAUAUGGAGCUCCACCAAAAAAGGAAAAGGAAAUAUCGGAAGGCCGGCGUUGGCACACUGGUUCAACGGCAAGGGGGGUUUUAGCGGCAGGAAGUGGAUAAUAAAGAGUCCUUAAACCCUGCGGAGAGGAGAAAUGGAUAUGGCUGCUUCACCACUCUCCCUCAAGCCCUUCGUUUCCUCCCAUUCCAUUUGCUUCAGCCCGACGAAACUGCAGGGUUAUCCUCCCAAUGGUGUUAAAAUCCACAAGAGGUUGGAAGUGGUGGCUAAGGGUAUGUUGCCGCCAAGGAAGUUUAUGCAGAAGAGGAGGAAAGUGGAGGUGUUCAAGGAUUCUGCUGAUGAAGCGGAUCAGAAGAACUGGCGGAAACUGAUGAAGCAAAUUGAGGAUACAGGGUCGGCUGUUUCGGUGCUCAGAAGUGAGAGGAUUCAGAAUCAGGAGAUUCCACGGGACCUGGUUUUGGGUACUGUAAUGAGAUUUAAGCAGCUGAGGAAAUGGAACCUCGUUAUUGAGAUUCUGGAAUGGCUUAGGUCACAGCUAUGGUGGGAUUUCGGUGAAAGAGAUUUCAUUCUGCUGAUUAUAGCUUAUGGGAAACAAGGAGACUUCAACAGAGCUGAGAAAGUUCUAUCAUUCAUGAAUAAGAAAGGGUAUCAACCAAAUGUUGUAUCCCACACCGCACUUAUGGAGGCAUACGGGAAAGGUGGUCGGCUAAAGAAUGCUGAAGCCAUAUUUCGAAGGAUGCAGUCUUUAGGUCCUGAACCUUCUGCUUUGACAUAUCAAAUAAUCCUCAAGACGUUUGUUGAGGGAAACAAGUUUAAAGAAGCUGAAGAAGUUUUCCAGAGUCUCUUGGAUGCGGAAAAGCCACCAUUGAAACCAGACCAGAAAAUGUUUCACAUGAUGAUUUACAUGUAUAAGAAGGCUGGGAACUAUGAACAGGCUCGUAAGCUCUUUGGAAUUAUGGCGGAGCGUGGAAUUCCUCAGUCAACUAUCACUUACAAUAGUCUGAUGUCAUUUGAAACUAAUUACAAGGAGGUCUCCAAAAUCUAUGAUCAGAUGCAAAGGUCUGGACUUCAACCUGAUGUUGUGAGCUAUGCAUUACUCAUCAAUGCUUAUGGGAAAGCUCGGAGAGAAGAUGAAGCUCUCGCUGUUUUUGAGGACAUGAUGGAUGCUGGUGUCAGGCCAACGCACAAAGCUUAUAACAUUUUGCUUGACGCAUUUGCUAUCUCUGGAAUGGUAGAGCAGGCUCGGACAGUGUUCAAGAGCAUGAGAAGGGACAGGAUCACUCCAGAUCUCUGCUCUUACACAACAAUGUUAUCAGCAUAUGUCAAUGCUUCCGAUAUGGAUGGUGCCGAGAAGUUUUUCAAGAGAAUCAAAUACGAUGGACUGAAACCUAAUGUAGUCACCUACGGGACGCUGAUCAAAGGGUAUGCUAAGGUAAACGAUCUCGACAAAAUGAUGGAGAGAUUCGAAGAAAUGCAGUCGGAUGGAGGUAUCAGACCAAAUCAAACCAUCUUCACUACUGUAAUGGAUGCUCAUGGCAAGAACAAGGAUUUUGCCAGUGCUGUUUCUUGGUACAAAGAGAUGGAGUCACGAGGGCUCCGGCCUGAUCAGAAGGCAAAGAACAUUCUUCUGUCUCUGUGCAAAACAGAAGAUGACCAAAAGGAAGCUGCUGCAGUUACAGGGAUUGCUGAGAGCGCUGUACCUUCUCAGGCCAUUAAUGGGGCAUCUAGGUUUGCAGAUGAAUCUGAUGACGAGGAUGACGACGACGACGAUGAUGAUGAAUAUGAUGAAGACGGGGAGGAUGACUAUGAUGAAUUCGAUGGUGAGCCAAAUUUGGGCUAUGAGCAGGAAGGACUUAUACUUUCUGGUAAAGAUGUUGGGCUAAAUGUGGAUGGCCUGCAUAAUCUGACUGUUCUUGAUUUGUAAAUUCAUGGUUAGGAUUUUUGGUUAAAGUUAAGUUAUGUAUUUUCCUCCAAAAAGGAAGAGAGUAAAGAGUGAAUGUGUUUAGCUUUCAUACAUGUACUAGAAUCAAUAUCCGCUGCUACGCCGCGGGAACUAAAGUUAAAGGAGUAUGAUCGUAUGGUGGGGUAGUUUAGGUGACGACGAAAUGGGAUUGCUUUAUCAUUGGGAAUUGUAUGGGUUUCAGAGUACCGUAAGUGUGUUGUAUCUUGAGUUCCAUAGUUAAUUAGCGUUAUGAUCCUACAUGUUGCCAAUGAGUUCCACAAUCUGAAAGCGAAAGCAAAAAUACCUUCUCAAAAUUGAUUUAUCAAUCGUUUUUCAUGUCUUAUGAAAGAUAAUAAUUGUUGUAUCAGUAGUAUCUAAAGUGUACAUAAAACAUUAAAAGCGGCAAUUGAGAUUUUGAGAAAAAUUUGUUAUGGCUUACAUCCGAACAUUUAAAAUCUACACAUCAUAAAAGGACACGCAGGGUUUAAAGUGCAUCCAUGGUGGCGAAGGUAAGCAUUAGUGCGCAGGGUUUAAACUUUAAAGUGCAUCCAUGGUGGCGAAGGUAAGCAUUAGUGCAUGUUUCUUGUAGCAUUAAAGCAUACAACCUUGG